UUUCAGCCUCUGCUCUGGGAAUUUAUCCUGAGCAGCCCCUAACAGGCUAUUCCUUCUCUACAACUGAGAUAUGAUCAUCUUAAUUCACUUAUUUGUCUUGCUGUGGGAAGAGGCUCACGGAUGGGGAUUCAAGAAUGGAAUUUUUCAUAACUCCAUAUGGCUUGAACAAGCAGCAGGCGUGUACCACAGAGAAGCGCGGUCUGGCAAGUACAAGCUCACCUAUGCAGAAGCGAAGGCGGUGUGUGAAUAUGAAGGUGGCCAUCUUGCCACCUACAAGCAGUUAGAGGCAGCCAGAAAAAUUGGAUUUCACAUCUGUGCUGCUGGGUGGAUGGCCAAGGGCAGAGUUGGAUACCCCAUUGUGAAGCCAGGGCCCAACUGUGGAUUUGGAAAAACUGGUAUUAUUGAUUACGGAGUCCGUCUGAACAGAAGUGAAAGAUGGGAUGCUUAUUGCUACAACCCACAUGCAAAGGAGUGUGGUGGUGUCUUCACAGAUCCAAAGCAAAUUUUUAAAACUCCAGGCUUCCCAAAUGAGUAUGAUGAUAACCAAAUCUGCUACUGGCACAUUAGACUCAAGUAUGGUCAGCGUAUUCACCUGAGUUUUUUGGACUUUGACCUUGAAGAUGACCCAGCCUGCUUGGCUGACUAUGUUGAAAUAUAUGACAGUUACGAUGAUGUCCAUGGCUUUGUGGGAAGAUACUGUGGAGAUGAGCUUCCAGAAGACAUCAUUAGUACAGGAACACAGGUAUGGGAUUCUCCUUCACAGGGUUAUGGAGUUGCUGGAUUAAGAGUGCUACACCAGUAUUUGGUUACAUGAGAAGGAGAAAAUGAUGAUAAUUCAUAAUUAGUUAAUCAAUAAGUAAAAAACGAGUGGUUUCUGCUAGCAACAGUGAUUGAGUACGUGUGCCACCAUUAGACUGAAAGGCCUAGUAGAAGAUCUGAGGCUAUUUUGACUUAUUAGUCGAGGCCUGUAAUUACUCAGUGGCACAGAGGUUUAUUUAUUUUGCUUCUUUAAGGGAUAGGUUUUAUAGGCAAUGGUGUUUUAGUGAGUUAAAAUCCAUAGAGCAUGGCCUAACAUUUUCAUGUUUGUACAAAAUAAAUAAAUAAAUAAUGCAAUUAAGCAAAAAAAAAAAAAAAAAAUCAAUCUGUAAUCUUAUGGUCUCUGCUCCCUGCCUAUAUUGGUGGAAUCUUUCAUCCAUAAGAAUUCUGGUACCAUAGCUAUCUUUUUGGUACUUUCUACAACCACAUACAGUAUACAUUCCUAUAUCUAGAUGAACUAUAAUCCAAUCAAGUAUAAGAGCUGCAGUAUAUUUUUGUCUAAAAGUAGAUCUUACUUACUACAUUUAUAGAUGUUUGGGUUAGAGAUACCCAAGACCACCCCAGGUAAAAUGACUCACUAGGACUGAGAGGACUCAGCAUAUAGUUGUAUUCAUGGCUAAGGGAUAUAGACAAUCUAGAACAAAAUCAGCAAAGGGAAAAGGCACUUAGACAUAGUCUGUGGGAAACCAUAUGUAAGCUUUCAAGGGUCCGCUCUCAAUGGAGUCAUACAGGACAUGCUUAAUUUCCCUAGUGAUGAGCUGUGACAACACGUAUGAAAUGUUGUGUGAA